AAGACUUUGUGACAGAGAGACAGAGGGAUGCCAAUCGUGUUCUGACACCUGUAAUUCAGGAGAACAUGGCUCUAACCUACGAGGCUUGUGCGGCAGAGAGUGGACCGGGAACCUACCAGAGAAUGAAGGACGACAUGGCCGCUGGAAUCGACAUAGGGAGGUACUAUAUGUUUGAUGAUGCCUCGCGCAACCUACUGCAGGAGUUGGAGCAAAUCAAGGUUCAGGUAACGGAGAUAGUACGGGGAGUGUGUCGUAGUCUUUGCUCGACUCUACAGGUGGCUUUUGAGCCCCUUUGGGAGGCCCCUGGGACCUGCCUGGAACUGAGAGACGUACUCGUACCAUGUGUUCGGGAGAUUUCACUCCAGGUGCGCGCCAUAAUGGAGGAGGCCGGAGUGAGGGUACCUAUAACUACUACAGGGCCACCUCCUGUCACAACCACUAAUGGGACUCCUGUCCAAUCAGAAGUCACUAAUGCACAAGGAAAUCAGGAUAUACAGAGAACAGCUGGUAACUCGUUAGAAUUGCCAUCGAGUUUUGUUCUUGAGGAACUUCAAGCCGGAUCAUCCGAUUCAGAACUUCUCACCUCCAUCAAAGUGGAACCAUCACUAAGUGUGCCCAAAAUCAAGAAAGAAAUGACAGUCUCUACCCAGAAUGCCACACCUGUCCGAUUCUCCUCUAUAAAAUCUGAACCCUCGUCUGGAAUACAGGUUUGUUGUUUUUGUGGACACCCCGGGACUAACCCUGGUGAAUGUGAUAAGUGUCGUGUCCCCCGACGCUCCCCCCAAGGUGUCCUGUUCAAAGGUGUCCAGUUCAGGUGUUGUCGGUUUUGUCAUCGGAUGGGAGAGAACGUUCACAUCUGUGAAUUCUGUAAGCGGUGUCGUCGCUGUUUGAAUGUCGUCACAUCUCCCAAGCAGCAGUGUGAGAUCUGCCAAGCUCCAAGAUCAAGGAAUCCAGGAUCAACUGGCAAAAUUUCCACAAAUCAUCAACAUGUGUCCCAAACCAUCACCUCUGCUAAUGUUCAAACAAAUAAACCGUCCACUCCAGCAGGUGCAGAUCGUAACAAUGUGUCCUCCACACACCCACCAAAUGUAGUUCACCCACCAAAUGUUGUUCAGCACAAUUCCUUCCCAACUAGCUCAUCUUACCUAGUGAUGUCUUCCAUACUUCCACCCAAUGUUGGUCAAACCUCCAGUAGAGCUCGCCACCCAUCGACACAAACCAUCAGUGGCAGAGGUCAAGGUUACCAUGCAGUGCUUACAAACAGUGGCAGGGGUCAGGGUGACCAUGCAGUGCUUAAUACAUUAAAGAGACUAGCUGAUAAAGUGAGGUCACCCAAACAUCAGCUGUCUGCUUCCCAGCCUGUCCAGCAGGGCAGAAACAUGACCCCUCGUUCUCAGGGACCAAUGGUGUCACAGACAGGUAGUCUUACUCCACGGUCGAGGAAUGAUGGACGAGUUAGUACGCCGUAUAGCAGACUCAGCAGCAGCCAACCAUCUCAUCAGAAAGAUCAGGAACAUGCCCUCAAAACACCCUCCAGAGUGCCAAAAAAUUUAGGAUUUAAGGACAUGAGGAACAAUCCUUAAGGGGAGAAAGAAUGGAUUUAUGUAGCUGAAGGAGAAAAUGGAUGUUGUAUAGAUUGUAAUGGAUGCCACAGAUGUAGUGGAAUUGGUUGUAGUGCUUCAGGCAGUGCUUUUAUACAGAUGCAUUUUUAUAUCUUUUUUCAGUCAUAGUAAAAAAAAUUAUGCCCUGCUACAAACUCUUUGAGCUAUAUUGCUGAUUAAAUUUGAAUAAUCUGGUGCUUUUAUAUUGUAAAUACUGCUUAAUUUUGAUGUUUUUUUCUUCACCUUUUAAAUGUGUCGCAAUAAACUUCAUUUUGUUAAAUUCAGAGAAUCAAUUAUUAGAGGUCUGUAAAUUAAAUACCUGGAAGUGGUUGAUAUUUGACUUUUUUAUGGUUUAUAUUUUUCAAUUUUACUUUUAGUAAAUGGCAACUGUAUUAAGUUAGAUCAAUGUUAAUGAUCUGGUCAUAUUUUUACCAUCCAGAGUGUUCUAACAAGACUAUUGUAAAGAAUGGCAAUUUAGUUUAUAGGAGUUGAAUUGAGUUAAUUAGGAUUUACUUUGGA